ACUUGGUAGUGCUUGUGCAUGCAGCCAUGCGUACCUGUACACGUGCACCGGCGCGGCGACGGCGCCGGCGAGUGGCGACUCGUACUCUGCUGAUCUGGCGAGUUAUGUCUACUUAUGAUCAUGCAUGUGACCCGCGAGGACUCCCAAAAGCAGCGCUGCCAGCAUGCAGCUUGGAAAUAAAAAAUCCGAAGAAGGAGCCGGAGGACUGGUAAAGACUCUUGUUUGCAACAACUAACUUGAUGGUAAAUGAAAGCAGGCGUCUGCCAGAUUAGGUAGCAAUGUUUUUUCCCCGAUUCCUCAACUUAGUGCAUUAGAACUUAGAAGCUGUGCUAGGAUAGAAUUGAUCCGGCAUCCCCUAACUUCCACAGCAAGCUGCGUGUCGAAGAACGUGUAGUAGCAGGAGAGAACGAAAGGCGUAAGCUACUGGAUCGUUGCUCGUUGCUGGUCCCGUGUCAGGGCAACCUGAGGAUGUUUGGAGGAGAAGUGGAAAAUGCCGCCGUCCGUCGGCAGACUCUCCUCAUCCAGCUGGUGUUGUCGGUUUUGCUUGCCGUUGCAACACCAGCACUCUGUUCCGGCUCCGGUUCAGGUUCAGGGUACUAUCCGCUACCGGUAGGUGCACCACCGACGACAUCACACGGUCUACAUUCUGCCAAUAACAAUAUGUACAGUCCGGCUGGUGGUGAUGGCAGUGGCGUAGUGCAAGGUCAAGCUGUUCAGCCGCGCCAUCCCAAUGGAGCCGGCAGUGGAGCAGGAGCCAUCGCUGGUACCCAGCCCUCCGUGACUGUCGCACUGACCGCAUCCGGCUACGGCCCUCUACCAGCUGGCGGCGUGAAACCGCCGACUCCUGCGUCAACAGCAGCGCCGGCAACAACACCGCUAGCAGGUAGUGGAAGCGGUCACUCGACGACACAUGCCGGCCCUGUAGUUCCUGGACCAAUAUUACCACAUGGCUCUGGCCACGCUGCCUUGCCAUUUACUGUGGCCCCAGCCGCCACUGCUGCGAAGGUGGGAACAACAGCCGACGCAAGGGUAGAGACAAGCACUCACGGAUCCUCACUAGGAAGUGGCGUUGCAGCAACUCACACUGUCCUGACUAGUCCAUCCAGUACGGGUAGCAAUGGCGGUGGCCAGGAGAAGAUCACCACAUCUCAACCACUCAACAGCUCCAGUGAUGGUCCAUAUGCCACUAAGUCCCCCGUGCAACACGCACCUGUUCACGGUGAACUGUCAGCCACUACCAUGGAUAACACGAAAACAGCUUCCAUCGCGACGGCAAAAUCCGUUCAGGACAAUGAUGGUGGCAGCGGCAACAGUGGCGAGUCAGCCGGCGGUAGCGUGUCACACAGCAGCCUGAUGAUCAUCAUACCCACGGUGGCCGUCGUUAUUGUCCUGCUUGCCGUCGCUCUCCUCAUCGUCAUCAAGAAGAACCGCACCACUGCCGCCAAGCUGGCUGCGCUCAACUCCCAGUGCCCGCCGGCGAGCAUGGACGUCACCAAUGUCCGAUACCAGAAGAGGAAGUUCAGCUCCAACUCUUCCAGCACGAGUUCGGCAGCCGGUGGCCGCCCGUACGCGAGCAGAUCCGUUGACAACACUCCGCCGGACGACGAGAAAGCGGACUACGAGUACCCGACGGUGACCAAGGAGGCGCGCCGCGCCAACAGCAACGGCAGCAAGGUGUCGGGCGGCAAAAUGUCUGUCGCGUCCACCGCCCAAAUGCUGUCGGUGGACAGCGACGGCGACCAAUACUCGUGCACGUACGCGUCCGGCUCGUUGGCCGAAGCUCGCCGCUGCGAGUCGACGGUUAGCGAACUGCCCGGCACUCUAGAGGAGGACAUGUACAUGAUGUAUGGCACGAGCACGGGCGGGUACGACAGCAACGCCGGCUCGUCGUUCGGCAACGUCAAGCGCACCAUUUCUGACCCGGCUGCCUCGCAGUUCCAGGGCAAGGACAGGUCGCAGUCGGUCUACUCGGUGUACGGUGAUUCGCCCGCCUCGUCGCCAGUCGCCGACGCCUACCACAACCGUGCACUGGUCAAGAGCAAGCAGCGUUACGUCAGCAGUCCUAAUAAGGGUAUGAAGUUCUCCCGGACCAAUGCUGAUCAGCUGACACUGGAUGAGGAUGUGAUCCCGACGUACGGGACGACCAGCACGGACCGAUAUAGCACCGGGUUCGACAUGUCCUCGAAAACCGCCUCGUGCGCCGCAGCCUCUGCGGCGGGUAAAAGUGAUCGGUACGCGGCGUCCGCAGCAGCCGGUGCCAAGCGCAGGCAGUCCGACUCGACGCUGCCGACGUGGAAAGAUAUCGGGAAGAUGCACGGUGGCUCGCACACGUUCACCCAGAGCAUCAGCCGGCACAUUGCCGGUCUGGCAGAGGCCAUUGAGGCCAAUAGCGGCAUUGAGAGCGCAUGCUCUGACAUGGAACUGAACUGGAGCCAAGGAGAGUUGUCGGGUGAUGAAUCGCCCAACCUAGAAGCAGGCCGUGGCAAUCAGAGGAUUAUUCCUAGUCCUUUGGCUACUCACAAUGCGUCCCGUUCCAGCAGCACCACUAAUAUUCACUCCUCGCCACAGCAGAAGCUGCGCUAGCCGAGAUGUAACGACACCCAUACAUGCAAGCGUGUAUGCGUGUGUGUGUGUGUGCUCGCCAACGUGCACGUGUGUAUACAUGUGUGCGCAUGGAACCUCUUUCCAACACUCCUUGACGAUGCGUGUGUGAGGCUCUGUGUAUUCUGAGCACCUUUGGAUGGGACUUCAACACCGCCAUGGACUUGCCUCGUUUCAAGGACAUCGUCCAUGCUCCUGCACCUGCUGUAGCGGCAUUUGUUGCGCGGCGGUCUCUCUCCUCUUUGCAAUGCUGCGUUCACGCUGCCUUUCUGUUUCUAGCUCAUCGUGGCACCCUCUCUGUUAGCCAAUGCAGCUAGCAGAGGGUGGCAUGCUGCUUGUAAAGCACUGCGCACUGUUUGUUAGUGCCAGUUGUUGCUUCGUCACAAUCUAUUCUCUCCAUUGGCAAAUCAGCACCCACCACUAGUCAUCCGCUCACACUGCGCCAAAAAACGGGCAAGAAGCUCUUCAUUCACUUGACAGUGGCAUGUGGCGCACGUUUCAGUAAGAUUUUCAGUAACUAACUGCCCUCCUUCGCUCUUCGCACGCGCAGUGCAACCCUAGGAAAUAGCUCCGCCCCCUAAACUUCUUAGCCUAAACACUCCAGUAUACAUGAUUGUAUUUAUACCCAAUGAUUGUAUUUAUAGAUAUUUUAAGAAUACAGCUUUUUCGAUUCUUUUCUUGUAUAUUUUCGUACCUUUUUUGUAGCAGUGCACUCUACGGAUUCCGCAUGUUGCCCAGUACAGUUUGUUUGCUAUCUUCUUUGACGCUAUUUCUCGCCCGCCUUGAAGUUCUCAAGAACUGUCUCACCGUAGACGUGUACACACAUUUCCUUCUAAUACUAGCCAUUAGAUUCUUCGAUGUUUUCAACGCGGUUGAGACUGGCAGAUGCUGCCGACGUGGCCGUACUCGGUUAAACCAGGUUCCGUUGAUGUGUUGGCGUCGAG